UAGCUGCGCGCGAUCCCCGCCGCAGCCACCGCAGCCUUUACCCCAGCUCGAGCUCGCAGCGCCGCGAAGUUUCCCUGGGCCCCCGCGGAGCCGCCAAUUGCUGGAUUCCAGCCGCGGGGCCGAGUCUCCACCCACUGGAAAAAUUCCUGGUCCGCCCCUCCCUCUCUCCUCCCUCCCGCUGCGGCUCCGGCUCCGCUCGGCCCCGACUUCCUGCCGGGCGCUGGGAAGCCGCACGCGGGCUGGGUUCCCCGGGCGCCGCGCUACCGCGCUAGCAGCCGGCCGCGUCCCCAGCCGCGAAGGCAGUGGCAGUGGGCGGGAGCGACCGGCAGCUUCAGCUCCUUCCGAGAGCGACUUUCAAACUCGCGCGGGCGUCUCGGCGGCACCUGGGCAGCCCCGCGCGCUGUGCGCGGCCGGACCCAGCGGGGCGGCAACCGUUCGAAUCUCCCUGGGGUGCCCACCCUAGGCAGCGAUGCCAGGAUGCCCGUCUCCAUCGCCCUCCGCCCGGAUGGCAGCCAGGAGCGGCCCGUGAGCCUGGCCUCCACCUCCUCCUCGUCGGGCUCCUCGCGUGACAGCCGCAGCGCUAUGGAGGAGCCCCGUGGCCCCGAGGCUCCGGCCGAGAACGGGGCAGGCUCGCCCCGCGGCUGGCAGCCCCUCGGCGGCAGCAGCAAUGCCAGCAGCUGGCUGCACGUGAAGGGCCCCCUCUCGCCAUUCAACAGCCGGGCCGCAGCUGGGCCCGCGCACCACAAGCUCAGCUACCUGGGCCGAGUGGUGCGGGAAAUCGUGGAGACGGAGCGCAUGUACGUGCAGGACCUUCGCAGCAUCGUGGAGGACUACCUCUUGAAGAUCAUCGACACGCCUGGGCUGCUGAAGCCAGAGCAAGUCAGCGCCCUCUUUGGGAACAUAGAGAACAUCUACGCGCUGAACAGCCAGCUGCUCAGAGACCUGGACAGCUGCAACAGCGACCCUGUGGCCGUGGCCAGCUGCUUCGUGGAAAGGAGCCAAGAGUUUGAUAUCUACACUCAGUAUUGCAACAACUACCCCAACUCAGUGGCUGCCCUGACGGAAUGCAUGCGGGACAAGCAGCAGGCCAAGUUCUUCCGGGACCGGCAGGAGCUGCUGCAGCACUCGCUGCCCUUGGGCUCCUACCUGCUGAAGCCAGUCCAGCGCAUCCUCAAGUACCACCUGCUGCUCCAGGAAAUCGCUAAACAUUUUGAUGAAGAAGAGGACGGCUUCGAGGUGGUGGAGGAUGCCAUCGACACCAUGACCUGCGUGGCCUGGUACAUCAACGACAUGAAGAGGAGGCACGAGCACGCGGUCCGGCUCCAGGAGAUUCAGUCACUGCUCAUCAACUGGAAGGGGCCAGACCUGACCACCUACGGAGAGCUCGUCCUGGAGGGCGCCUUCCGUGUGCACCGCGUGCGCAACGAGAGGGCCUUCUUCCUCUUCGACAAGGCACUGCUCAUCACCAAGAAGCGGGGCGAUCACUUUGUCUACAAGGGUCACAUCCCGUGCUCCUCCCUCAUGCUGAUCGAAAGCGCGCGAGACUCCCUGUGCUUCACCGUCACCCACUACAAGCACAGCAAGCAGCAGUACAGCAUCCAGGCCAGAACAGUGGAGGAGAAACGGAACUGGACUCACCACAUCAAGAGGCUCAUCCUGGAAAACCACCACACCACCAUCCCCCAGAAGGCCAAGGAAGCCAUCUUGGAAAUGGAUUCCUAUUAUCCCACCCGCUACCGCUGCAGCCCAGAGCGGCUGAAGAAGGCCUGGUCCUCCCAGGAUGAGGUGUCCACCCACAUGCGCCAAGGACGCCGGCAGUCUGAGCCGACCAGACACCUGCUCAGGCAACUGAAUGAGAAAGGGGACGUGGUGGUGUCAGCAGCCAGAGCAGCAGGAAUGAAGCACGCGGGCAGUGCCGGCACUCUCCUGGACUUCGGGCAGCACCCCCGUCCUCGGGGCCUGCAGCCGGAAGUGGAAGGGGCUGCCCAGGAGGAUCAGGAGGAGGAGGAGGAGGAGGAGGAGGUGGUGGAAGAGGAAGAGGAGGAGGAAGAUCAGGCCUUUCAGGUCUCUCUGGAGGACCUGGCAGGGCAUGAAGGCAGCAAGAAGGGGCCUGGGCCGGAUCCCCCAGGCUCGGAGGAGGAGGAGGAGGAGGAGGUGGAGGAAGAGGAGGAGGAGGAGGAGGAGAGCCUGGCAGUGGCGGAGCAGGGGAAGGGGCGCAGGGAGUCAGAAGGCUCCCAGGGCCACAGAAGGCCCCGGGUCCGGUCUCCAACUAGUGCUGAGAAGCGCAUGAGCUUCGAGUCCGUCUCUUCCGUGCCGGAGGUUGAGCCAGAUCCUGAGCCUGGGACAGAGCAGGAGGUCUUUGCUGACCUGGAAGUUCCCAGCACCGAGGAGAUGUCCUCAGACAUGGAGUCUCCAGAAGUCCUGGAAACACAGCUGGAUGGCCCCCAGGGGCUGCUGGGGAUGGGUCACCCAGGUGACGUGGUGGACUUCGUGGUGGCCGAGAGCACCGAGGACCUCAAGGCCCUGAGCAGUGAGGAGGAGGAGGAGGAAAUGGGGGCGACCCAGGAGCCUGAGAGCCUCCUGCCACCAUCCGUACUGGACCAGGCCAGCGUCAUCGCUGAGCGGUUUGUCAGUAGCUUCUCCCGGCGGAGCAGCUUGGCGCUGGAGGACGGCAAGGCCAGUGGCUUUGGGAGCCCACGGCUGGUUAGCCGCAGCAGCAGCAUGCUCAGCCUGGAGAGCAGCGAGAAGGUCCCAGCCUGGUGCAGCAGCACCACUGACUCCCUCAGCUCCCAGCUCCCCCCAGAAGUGGACAAUAGCGAGGGGGUGGCCAUAGAGAGCGGCCCUUCUGUCAACGGGACGGAGCCCCCGAGCCCAGGCUGCUCAGCAGAACCCGACAGGGCCCCCUGUAAGAAGGACUCAAUGCUUUCCUCCCAGGAUCGGCUAUUGCUGGACAGAAUCAAGAGCUACUAUGAGAACGCAGAGCACCAGGACGCGGGCUUUAGUAUCCGGCGCCGGGAGAGCCUCUCCUACAUCCCCAAAGGGCUGGUGAAAAACUCUGUCUCCAGGAUCAACAGCCUUCCCAGGCCAGACCCAGAGCCUACAGUUCCUCCAGGGCACAAGAGACAGGUGGGCUCCCGACCAGCUUCGUGGGCCCUGUUUGAGCAACCUGGACCGGGCCAGGGGUACUCCAGGGACCCAGCUCCCAUCACAGAUGCCGAGUUCCGACCUUCUUCGGAAAUUUUGAAGCUCUGGGAGGGGAAGGAUUCUUCUGGGGAGAGCCCUCGGAAGGGGCUGGGCCAGGGCCAGGGCCAGGAGAAUGGCUUUGACCUGCACGAGCCGCUUUUCAUCCUGGAGGAGCACGAGCUGGGCGCCAUCACCGAGGAAUCGGCCACUGCCUCACCGGAGAGCGCCUCCCCGACCGAGCGGCCCAGCCCUUCCCACCUGGCCCGGGAACUGAGGGAGCUGGUGAAGGAGCUGAGCAGCAGUGCACAGGGGGACCUGGUGACCCCGCUGCACCCCCGCAUUGUGCAGCUCUCCCAUGUGAUGGACGGCCACGUGAGUGAGCGCGUCAAAAACAAGGUCUACCAGCUGGCCCGCCAGUACAGCCUCCGGAUCAAGAGCAACAAGUCGGAGGUGGCCAGGCUGCCACUGCAGUGGGAAAGGGCAGCCCCUGAGAGGGACGGGAAGAGCCCCACCAUUCCCUGCCUGCACAAGGAGGCUGGAGAACCAUUGGGUGGCACAGGUAAAAGGAAGCCGGUGCUGUCCCUUCUCAACUAUGAGCCGACAAUGGUCCAGGAGCACAGCCCCCCUAAGCCCUGCUCUGCAGGGGAGACGUCCCUGCGGCCGUUCUCCUUCAUCCCCCCUGAUGUCAGCCCGAGGACCACCUCAUCUGGAAUCCAGCCCUCUGCCCGCAGCCCCCUCAGCCCCCUUGACACUGAGACCUUCAACUGGCCCGAUGUCCGAGAGCUUCGCUCCAAGUACACCUCCCACAACAAGGCGCUCCAGGCCGAGGGCAGCCGGCCCCGUGGCCCACCAGUCAACCGGAGCCGCUCGGUACCCGAAAACAUGAUGGAGCCUCUGCCCUCGGGUGGAGUGAGCCGCUGUAGCAGCCUCAACGCCAAGAAGGGCCGAGGAGGCAGGGAGGCCACCCAGCCCCAGCCUCCUGGGGCAUCACCCCAAGGCGGGCUGGGCAGAGGUGAGGCCCUGUAUGUCACUGCAGACCUCACCCUGGAGAACAACCGGCGGGUGAUUGUGAUGGAGAAAGGAGCCCUGUCAGGCCCCGCUGAGGGGCUGGAGGAACAGGACAACGGUUGGGGACCGGCCAUAACGGGGCAGGGCCAGAAUUCCCAGGAGGCUGCAGAGUACUGGCUGAAGGAAGAGGGCCACAAGGACCCAGUGGACACAAGCCAGCAGGGCAGAGUGAGAAACCUGCGGGAGAAAUUCCAGGCCUUGAACUCCAUAGGUUGACUCUUGCUCCUUGGGGGAGGGAGGACCUCUGCACACUUCCCCAUAAGCCUGGGCUCUCCUUGGCUCACAGGAGCUCCCCCACUCCCACCCCAGUGUCCUUGGAAAUGUUUGCCCCUCUGCUGUCUUCUGGAAUGUUCCGGUGUCCAGUGUACUCAGCAAGUGAGUGUCCUCACCUGCUACCUGUGCUAGGCAUGGGCACGCCCCUGAGGCUUGCAACAACGCCCCACAGGCCCAGACGAGCCGUUCUCCCCCUGUGAAGCCAGUGUGGCUAUUUCCCUUGUGCAUAGUCUUCUCUGGUAAGAAGCCAAAUAUUUAAGCUCACUUCAUCCUAGGGAGAAAAGCAUUGCUCAGACCUCCAGGGUAGGCUGGCCACUGCCACUCCCAGGGGAGAUGGGGGACGUGGCCUGGGGAGGCUUUGCUCUUUAACUGUGCCUGUACUUAGGAUCCAGGCAAGAAUGAGGCCAAUAAUUUAUUGCUUCCCGGUCUGUAUGACAUUUGUACAUGUGUGCGUGCGUGCCCGUGAGCAUGUCUCUUCUGUUGUGUAUCCCCCUCCUGGUAAGAAUACAAUUGACUCAGUUCAGGUACUUUUUGAGGGUUGUCUUGCUGCCCCUUGUGAUUGUCUCUAAUGUACACACAUUUCAUUAUUUGCCAACGGUGCAAUAACCACUGCUGACCAACCAA